AGUCAGUCCACAGAGUACAGGAAGUCGUAUCAAGAGGAGACGGGGAAAAAAAUGCAUGUCCAUUGUAUCGCAUCAAAUGUCGUAAAAGUCACCGUGAAAACAAAACCGAUAUUAUUUUCAUCUCAUACACAUUAUUUUUGAAGCGAUAGACACUUUCAUUUCUACACUAUUAGCUAAUUAUGUAGUCGGGUCGUCAAUUGUAUUUUUAUUUCGAAAGUGCUCACCGGAAGGCUCAUGUUUACAUUUGGCUUAACAGUUUGACAGCGGGUAAAGUGCGUAUUUGUUUGCCAGUGUUGUGUUACUAAGAGUGCCCUGGCUUUUAAAACACCGGACAAUGACCUCCGACGGUGGAAUUAAGAUACCGAGCCGUCUGCCGCUGCUGCUGUCACAUGAAGGGGUGCUCCUGCCGGGCUCCACCGUCAGGUUCAGCGUGGACUCUCCGCGGAACAUGCACCUGGUGAGCCAGCGGCUGCUGAGGGGGACUUCGCUGAAAAGCACCAUCAUAGGGGUGAUUCCCAACACCAGAGACCCAGAGCACGACACCGACGACCUCCCCACGUUGCAUAAAAUUGGUACAGCGGGGAUAGCAGUGCAGGUGGUGGGCAGUAACUGGCCAAAGCCUCACUACAGCCUCCUCAUCACCGGAUUGUGCCGCUUUCGUGUCUCAAGUCUGCUGAAGGAGCGCCCCUUUGUCCUGGCAGAGGUGGAGCAACUGGAUAAACUGGAUCAGUACACGACUCCAGCAACUGAAGGUGCUACAGCAGAAGACGGAGAGCUGGGGGAGCUGUCCAAGAAGUUUUACCAGGCUGCUGUACAGUUGUUAGGCAUGUUGGACAUGUCUGUUCCCGUGGUGGCUAAGUUCAGGCGUCUAUUGGACAGUUUGCCCAGGGAAACUCUGCCUGAUGUGGUGGCCUCCAUGAUCCGCACCUCAAACAAAGAGAAACUGCAGGUCCUGGAUGCAGUGAGCUUGGAGGAACGCUUUAAGAAGGCCCUGCCCAUGUUGACCAAACAGAUAGAGGGGCUGAAACUGCUGCAGAAAACCAGGAAAAUAAAUCCUGACAAUGAGAAGAGGGUGCUGUCGGUGCGUAAAGGUGGAGUCUUCCCGGGCCGGCAGUUCAAUCUGGAUGGGGAAGAUGAAGAAGAAGAUGGCGAUGACACUGUAGCCUUGGAGAAGAAGGUCCACGGGGCCAACAUGCCUGACGCUGCGCUCAGAGUUUGCCUCAAAGAGCUCAAAAGAUUGAAGAAAAUGCCUCAGUCUAUGCCCGAGUAUGCCCUGACAAGAAACUACCUGGACCUGAUGGUAGAAUUACCAUGGAGCAAAAGCACCAAAGACUGCCUGGACAUCCGAGCUGCUCGGACUCUGUUGGACAAUGAUCACUAUGCCAUGGACAAGCUAAAGAGACGCGUGCUGGAGUACCUGGCUGUUAGACAGCUGAAGACUUCACUGAAGGGCCCCAUCCUCUGCUUUGUGGGGCCUCCAGGGGUCGGCAAGACUAGCGUGGGUCGCUCCAUAGCCAGGACUCUGGGCAGAGAGUUUCACCGCAUUGCUUUGGGAGGCGUCUGUGACCAGUCUGACAUCCGAGGACACAGGCGCACAUAUGUAGGGAGCAUGCCUGGCCGCAUCAUCAAUGGUUUGAAGACAGUCGGUGUCAAUAAUCCUGUAUUCCUCCUGGACGAGGUGGACAAACUCGGGAAGAGCCUGCAAGGAGACCCUGCAGCUGCACUGCUAGAGGUCCUGGACCCGGAGCAAAACCACAGCUUCACAGAUCAUUACCUCAACGUGGCCUUCGACCUCUCUCAAGUGCUCUUUAUUGCCACUGCAAACACCACAGUGACCAUUCCCCCGGCCCUGCUGGACAGGAUGGAGGUGCUGCAGGUACCAGGUUACACACAGGAGGAGAGGGUGGAGAUAGCUCACCGUCACCUGAUCCCAAACCAGUUGGAGCAGCAUGGAUUAACACCUCAGCAGCUGCAUAUACCACAGGAGACCACGCAGGAUAUAAUCAGCAGGUACACCCGAGAAGCAGGUGUGCGCUCCCUAGAGAGGAAGAUUGGGGCGAUCUGCCGAGCUGUGGCUGUGAAGGUCGCUGAAGGUCACAGAGUCACUAAAAUAGAAGAUUUGAUCCCUGAGAGCCCAGCACAGCAAGGAGAGAAGGCGGCGCCUCCGGAGAUGCCAAUAGUGAUUGACCACAUCGCCCUGAAGGACAUCCUGGGACCGCCGCUGUUUGAGAUGGAGGUGUCUGAGCGCCUCACCCUGCCCGGCGUGGCUCUGGGCCUGGCCUGGACUCCUCUCGGUGGGGAGAUCAUGUUUGUGGAGGCGAGUCGAAUGGAGGGAGAUGGUCAGCUCACUCUGACCGGUCAGCUGGGAGACGUUAUGAAAGAGUCGGCACAUCUGGCCAUCAGCUGGCUCAGAACGAACGCUAAAACCUACCAGCUCACCAACAUGGUGGGGAGUCCAGAUCCACUAGAAGGGACAGACAUCCACCUCCACUUCCCCGCUGGAGCUGUCACCAAGGACGGCCCCUCUGCAGGUGUUACCAUAGUUACCUGCCUAGCCUCGCUGUUUAGCGGCCAGUUGGUCAGAUCAGACGUUGCCAUGACAGGAGAGAUCACACUGAGGGGGCUGGUGCUGCCGGUGGGCGGGAUCAAGGACAAGGUCCUGGCGGCUCACAGGGCCGGAGUGAAGCGCGUCAUCCUCCCCAAGCGCAACGAGAAGGACCUCGAGGAGCUGCCAGCCAAUGUCCACGUCGACCUCGACUUUGUGCUCGCCGGAAACCUGGAUGAGGUGCUGAACGCCGCCUUCGAUGGAGGGUUUCCGGGGACAGCCAGCGCACUCACACACCCACAGCUGACCAGCAAACUGUAACACACUGAUGAGAACACACACACACACACACACACACACACACACACACACACACACACACACACACACACACACACACAUGCGUGCGCACACACGCUUGACAAUGAGAAGUGAAGAAAGCGAGGGUCAGCUGGGACAUGGCUGAUGGAGUUUUCCCUGAUAUUCCCGGAAAUACCAACCAGUGCACUCAGCCCUAAAAAGUUGUUGAAUUGAUCUUUAACUAUGUUUGAAGCUUUGCUGUUCAGAAUGUCAUUUUCAAAGCAUUGUUUUCCAAGUGAAGACAUCGUUUGAGGUAAAUGAAGCUAUAAUUCAGAGUCAGGCCCUGUACGAGAAUUCAGUUUUCAUGGGCAGUGCACAACAGCUCCAUUAUGUGGAGUCGUUCUGGUAUGGCUCCACUUAGUGGUUCAGCACAGUCAACACUGAUUUGUCAUUUACGUGUUUUUGAGGUUCAGCUUCAGUUUUUCUAGACUGGCUGCCGUUUUCUUAGAUAUUUACAUUAAGUAAAUAAUCCUGUUUCAGCCAACUCAAGUGGAUGUGAGUUUAUCAAUGCCACAUUAAUAAACUGGUGAGCACUUAUUGAUCGAUGCUGAGGUGGUUUGUGUAUGUGAUGACGGGAGUGGAUGAGAUGUGUCCACAUGGUCUGGAGACCUGCAGCCUGUUUGAAUGAUUGUGUUUAAUCACACAGUGUUUGACUUGUAAGUGCAGAUUUUGAAAUGUGUGAGCUGUGCAAAAUUUUAAACCGCUAACAAAAAGGAACAGUUGAUUUGAUGACAAAGUACAUGUCAGUCACCAUACCGAGCACCUGUCUACAUGAGAUGUGGAAAUAGAUUAUUGUUUCUCUCAGAAUGAUUUCAUGUCUGUAAUCUUGUGCUUCUGGCUAACUCUAACCCUAAACAUAAAUAAAUAACAGUUCUGUUAAAAUAAGUUUUAAAUCAGUUUUCCAACUCUUUAAUUCUCCCUUUCUUUAAUCUUUUAUUUACUCCCUAGUUUAACAGAGCAGCAUUUUCCCCAGACUCCUUUCCAAGAGACGAGCACUUACAGAUCUUAUGAAAGUAGAAGCACAGUGUCUGUGACUUCUGUGUAGCAUUAGAAAGCUGACUUAGCAUUCUGGCUGAAAUGCAAAAUGUAAAAAUAAAAAUGAAUAAAAUUGUUAGAUUUAAACAGUUUUAGCUACACUAGAUGGAGAUAAAGGAAUGACAUUGUUUGAUGGUUAAAGGUGCAAUAUGUAAGAACUGGCCACCUGAUAAAUUCAUACUUGACACUCUGGUGAUAUGCUGUCCCUGUUUUUUUAACAGCAACUGCUGCUAGCUCUGGCUGUUGUUAGCUAGUUAACUCAGUUAGCCGUGCAGUUAGCGGUUUGGACUGGGAGCUCAGGGACCAGGGGAUUGUUGUGAGUGUGCUAACCCACCUGUAGGAUUGGUUUUUUUGGUCGGGUCCGGGCAGGUGCUAGUAGAUUCCCUGCCAUGUUAAUCAUUCUUACACAUUGCACCUUUAAAGGGAGAAAAGUAAAGCUUUGUAUUUCUUUUACUGUCCAUCUCGAUUAUUGACUAACGGUACUAUUGAUCUAUGCUUUAAGUCAUAGUUUGGACUCCGGGUUUAAGAAGUAUGAAAGACGGGUGUGUAGAUAGCUGUAGCACUACUGACUUUUCAACACCUCUCCACUUGCAUACUGAAACCAAGAUGCACUUAUGUCAGGCGAAAUAACUGUGAGAAAUGUUUGAAUUAAAGAUGUCUCAAGAAAUGUU